AUGAACCAGGAGGUCGAGAUGCAGGCGGCAGCCUUCAAAGACAAGAAAUGGGGGUCCCAAGCCCAUAAAAAAGGUGCAGAUGACCCUGCCUAUGAGAAUAUCACCUUCAAAAGCCGGGACCAGCCAGAGGGCAGUCAUUCACCACCCAAGAGCAAGGCCCAGUCCAAGCCAUCCUCGGACCCUGCCCAGGUCCCCCAUUGGUUGCCUAGAGCCAUGAUGAGCCUGCAAGUUCUCCUCGCUCUAUCCUGCAUCGUCCUCUUAGCCAUGGUCCUGGUGAAGAAUUCCGAGAUGUCUCAGGAGCUGCUGGUCUUGAAAGAGGAGCUCCAGAACGUCUCUAUUUCGGUGGGACAGUGCCAGGAGAAGCAGGAGAAGCACUGGAACAGUGUCAACUCGGGCAUCCAGGAAGCCAAGCACAGCAUUGACACGGUCAAGAACAAGGUCCAGGAAGGGAACCAGAAACUGAAGACGCUGGAGACAGUCUCGAACGAAAUCAAGAGUACAUCACAGAAAAUCCUCCAGGAGUUGAAGAUGCCAAAACCAAGAGGGCCCCACGGACACGCGCGCCCCCGUGCGGCCACUUUCGGGAACCCCUGA